AUGGGCAAUCUAAUACGAGACCAACAACGAACAAUCGAUGACUUGCAAAAGGCACUAGAAGGAGAAACAUCGCAGAAGCCGACAAAAUCUCACGAAUACCAUAACGGCCAUCAGCUCGGUCCAAAUUCUCCACCGAUAACUUGGCUGGGCAACACCACGGAUAUGUUACCUGUAUCUGUCGCUGGAAAAAGUUACAAGGCCAUGAUCAUGACCGAAACGAUGAUCGAUGCUCUGAAUAAUGCCUUUGCGGCAACAACAGUGUUCGAUUUGAUAGGACCGCGAUAUGAAGAGGAAGUCACAUUCCAAGAAAUGCUCGGAGAACUGAACCUUACCGAAAUCAAUGUGACUCAGAACUUUCCUGAAGGUGUUUCGGAAGCUGAAAUCGACAAGGCUCUGAAAGAUUCUGAAUGGAGAAAUAGCACGUUCCAACUCAUCUGGGAGGAAGAGUCGAAAAUACUCAACGAGGCUCGUGACUAUAUGGAGAAAUAUAUGUGGAAGGUUCUCAAAAAUCACAACCUAGGUUUUCGGAAAAGACCCAAUUUUGAAGAGCUCAAAGAACUCGUUCUGGAAUCUAAGAUAGCCGUGAGGAGUGGGAUGAAAGGGACUGCUGGUGGGAAUGACAUGGAGGUUGCCACCCCAACUCAUGGGUCUGACACGGACGACUGA